CAUGCAACGACAUUGCGUCGCACUACUCGCGAGUAGCGUGCUGGCCAUGGACAUGCCGAUGUUUUACCUCGGGCGCGUGAUUGGGAAUGCGCUGCCCCCUCGACACGAUCCGCGCCGGACUCUGCAAAAUAUCGAGUUCAUUUUGCGCCACGAAGUGUCGGAUCCGACGCUGCUAAAGCACUGGGUCCUCAAUCGCAUUGUCGACGCCACUGUGGCGCAGGCGCUGCGGCAGCUGCUCACCUCGUUCAACGCCACGUACUCGGAGCUUCCGUUUGAACUGCCAGCCUACGCCGACGCGCCCUUCCGCGUCGCAUCGGACCACGGCAAGGACAUGGUGCAUGCUGCCGUCGACGAUAUGUGGCAGCGCGCGCAGAUCGAGGCGGACGUGUACGACGCCAAGAAUCUCUAUGUGAUGGGGAUCAACGACGCGCGCAACCACGUCUUAGCCCUCGGACAGCACGCGGGGGCCACGUGGAUUCUGCCGUGGGAUCAGAACUGCUUUUUGACGAACGACGGGUGGCGCCAGCUUCGCGACGACUUGACGCACUAUGCAUCGACAGACCACAAGUACGUCGUGACGUGGAUGGACCGGCUGCGCGCCGAGAAUGACAUUGUGUUGACGCCCGACUUUGCACCAACGCCGUGGGAAGAGCCGCAAGUGAGCUUCCGAUACGACGCGUUAGCGACCUUUGAUGGCGCGCUGCGGUACGGGCGACGGGACAAGGCUGCCCUCUUGGUGCGACUGCUUGUACCAGGCCCAUGGUGGGACUGGGACUGGAGCGACUGGGAGCGCCGGCGGACCUCUCAAGACGUGGUGCGCGAUGCUUCCGCGAACGUGCCGUCGUCGAGCUAUGUUCUGCGACUCUACUCGGGCACGCCGUCGCUCGAAGCGCCCGGUAGCGACAAGCCUGUAGCGGCACGCAGCGCGAGCUGA